AUGGCAAAGCUCACCGCCGCCCUGACGGUCCUCGCACUGGUAGCCUGUGUGGGUCGUCCGUGCCAGGCAGGCUACGGGUAUCCCUACCCCAUGCCCUCGCCUAGUCCUCCGCCGCCGACUCCUGCACCAUACACUCCGACCACACCUAGCCCACCUCCACCUGCCCCGAUUACACCAUCUAGUCCUCCACCGUACACCCCAACCACACCUAGCCCUCCGCCGCCCGCCCCGGUCACUCCAUCCACUCCUCCGCCAUACAGCCCAAGCACAGCUAGCCCUCCUCCGCCCACCCCAAUUACCCCGUCUAGCCCACCACCGUACACCCCUAGCACACCUAGUCCUCCUCCUCCACCGCCCACUCCUAGCUCACCUGCCCCGAGCCUCACCGUUGGGUACUACCAGAAGACAUGCUACCAAGCUGAAGGCAUCGUGAGAGAUGCAGUGCGCGACGCCAGCAAGGGCAUCAUGGCGGGGCUCAUCCGUCUAUUUUUCCAUGACUGCUUUGUCAGGGGUUGCGACGCGUCUGUGUUGCUGGAUACGGCUGACCCUAACAGCGCAACGGAGAAGUUUGGCAUCCCGAACCUGAGUCUGCGCGGCUUUGAAGUGAUCGAUGCGGCCAAGGCCAAGAUCGAGAAGGUGUGCGGCAAUGUCGUGUCAUGUGCAGAUAUUGUGGCCUUCGCCGGGCGUGAUGCUACCUACUUCCUCAGCAACAAGAAGGUUUACUUCGACAUGCCUGCCGGCCGCUACGAUGGACGUGACUCCUUCAUAAAUGAGACACUCUUCAACCUCCCCCCACCUUUCGCCACCGUGGAGCAGCUCAAGGCCGGGUUUGCGUUCAAGGGGCUCAACACCGAUGAGAUGGUUACCCUUUCCGGUGCCCACACCAUUGGGAUCUCCCACUGCUCGUCCUUUUCUGACCGCCUGACCUCAAACUCCUCCGACAUGGACCCUAGUCUGAAAAGCACUCUGCAGCAACAGUGUCAGUCAAACUCCGGCAGUGACAACACAGUCGUACAGGACAACAAGACCCCUGACAAGCUGGACAACAAGUACUAUAAGAACGUGCUCAACCAUGAAGUGCUCUUCACGUCAGAUGCUGCGCUCAUGAUGGCGACCGACACAAGCGAUGCGGUGCGAGCAAACGCCAAGGACACAAACCAGUGGGAGGAAAAGUUCAAGGCGGCGAUGGUGAAGAUGGGUGCAAUUGAUAUCAAGACAGUUGCCGAUGGCGAAAUUAGGAGGGUCUGCCGUGUCUUGAACACAAACUAG